GCUGGGCGGGCCUGGCGGAGCCAUGGCGGCCGUGCGGGGCCUGCGGAUCUCCGUCAAGGCGGAGGCGAGCAGCACCACGGCGGAGCCGCGCGGCCCCGAGCCCGAGCCCAUGGAGGUGGAGGAGGGAGAGCUGGAGACCAUCCCUGUGCGGCGCUCGCUGCGGGAGCUCAUCCCGGACACCAGUAGGAGAUAUGAAAACAAAGCUGGAAGUUUCAUCACUGGAAUAGAUGUAACCUCCAAGGAGGCAAUUGAGAAGAAGGAACAAAGAGCCAAGCGCUUCCAUUUUCGGGCUGAGGUGAAUCUGGCCCAGAGGAACGUGGCCCUGGACCGGGACAUGAUGAAGAAAGCAAUUCCUAAAGUAAGACUGGACACCAUCUACAUUUGUGGAGUGGAUGAGAUGAGUACCCAGGACAUCUUUGCCUAUUUCAAAGAGUAUCCUCCUGCUCAUAUCGAGUGGCUGGAUGACACCUCAUGUAAUGUGGUCUGGCUUGAUGAAGUGACAGCAACUCGGGCUCUCAUAAACAUGAGUUCCCUGCCUGAUCAGGAGAAAACAAAGAGCAGAGAAAACAACAAGGAGAAGACAGCUGAAAAAACCAAGAAAGAAAAGCAGGAGGAGAGCUCUGAUGAUGAGACAGAAGAAGGAGAGGUUGAGGAUGACAAUCCCAGUGAUGUGGAGUUGGAUGCCCUCUCCCAGGUGGAAGAGGAUUCUCUGCUGCGUAAUGACCUUCGCCCUGCCAAUAAACUGGCUAAAGGAAACAAGCUGUUCAUGAGAUUUGCUACUAAAGAUGACAAAAAGGAGCUGGGAGCUGCAAGGAGGAGUCAGUAUUACAUGAAAUAUGGCAAUCCAAAUUAUGGAGGCAUGAAGGGAAUUCUUAGCAAUUCUUGGAAGAGGAGGUACCACUCCCGCCGCAUCCAUCGCGAUGUCAUCAAGAAGAGGACGCUGAUUGGGGACGAUGUGGGCUUGACUCCUCCCUACAAACACCGGCACUCAGGCUUGGUGAAUGUUCCUGAAGAGCCCAUUGAGGAGGAAGAGGAGGAGGAGGAGGAUCAGGACAUGGAUGAAGAUGACAGGGUGGUGGUGGAGUACCGCGAUGAGCUGCAGGCGUUCAGGCAGGCGCGGGAGCGCAGCGCCGCCAGGAGAUCCAGCGCCUCCGACUCGGAUGAGAUGGACUAUGACCUGGAGCUGAAAAUGAUCUCCACCCCCUCGCCCAAAAAAAGCAUGAAGAUGACCAUGUAUGCAGAUGAGGUGGAGUCACAGCUGAAAAAUAUCAGGAAUUCCAUGCGAGCAGAUAGCAUAGCCACCAGCAACAUCAAAAACAGGAUUGGCAGCAAAGGAUCCUUGGAGAAAGUUGCAGAUGUGAGGCUCCUGUUGGAAGAGAAACGUCAGAAUAACUCUGGGCCACGGCAGCCAAACAGCACUGUCAAAUCAGAUGUGAGGCAGAGACUGGGAAAAAGGCCACACUCUCCAGAAAUCAAAGCUCCAAGCAGUGCCUGUGCUCCUCGUCGAGAACCAAUCUCAGAUGUGCACAGCAGGCUGGGAAUCCCCAAACAAGAUGUAAAAGGCCUCUACUCUGACACCAGAGAAAAGAAAUCAGGUAAUUUAUGGACCAGAUUGGGGUCUGCUCCGAAGACACAGGAAAAGACUCCAGAGAAAGCUGAGAACUCUGUGGCAUCUCCAGAGGAAGAUGACUCUGAGCUGCAGAGGGUUUGGGGUGCUCUCAUUAAGGAAAAAGAACAGUCCAGGCAAAAAAAGAGUCGCUUGGAUCAUUUACCCUCCCUACAAAUCGAGAUCAGCCGGGAAAGCAGCUCUGGCUCAGACUCUGAAUCAUGACUGGUUCCACAGCCUGACCCUCCAGGUGCUGACUCUGCAGCAUGGCAGGAUCCCCUUUGCCCAAAAGCUGGACACUGGCAAAGACUCUGCAGUGAAGGUUCCAGAAGUGUCUCUGUUCCUUUUCUACAACAAGAGAGGCAUAAACCACUUGACAACUAAAGCAAAGACAUUUGUCUGGAGUCUGUGGCUGGCCCUGUGCUCUGUGGGGCAUUGUCUGUCAUCCCUGUUUAUGACAGCAAUCCUGUAGUGAAUUGUAGCAAAACAUUUUCUCCCCUGAGCUUUGAACUUAAAAGAUGAGGCAGAAAUGCUCUGUAUUUUUAAGGAGACCUUUUCUGUUCUUGGCAUUUUCAUCAUGGAGGCUUUUAACAAAAUGUUUUACACACUUCAUCCAAAGACCAGGGCAUUUCAUGAUGCAGAUCAUUGCCUUGCCCUUCUGGCUCUUGCCAGCACCUUCCCUUUCCUCUUGAAGUAAUAACCAGAAAGCUUCCUGGGUGGGCAGCCAGCAGGGAUAAAGCAUGAAGGGAUUGAUUAUCACAUUCCCUUCUUCCAACACACUGAAUGUAAAUCCAAGUUACACUGUUUUUUUUUACAGUUAAAUUCCAUGUAGUCCAGUGGAAUAAUCCAAGGAAUCCUGCUCAUAUUUUUUGGUGAUGCCACAUUCUGCUGUAGCAGGGAUUGAGAUGUUCAGGACUGCCAAGUUGGAUGUUUGAUAAUUGUGUAAAUCCCUGAGGGUUUGGGGUUGUUUUUUGUUUUUUUUUUUUUUUUGCUGUUGUUCCAUGAGGAGAGAUUAUAUUCCUUUCAUUCAUGGAUUAUGUCCUGAAGCAAUCCAAGAGCUGGAAAGCAUUUUUAUAUUUGUGAGAAUUUCUGUUGGCCACGGUGAAAGCUCUAGUGGUGUUCUCCUCUGUGCUGUUCUCUGUCUAUAUAGAAGUGAAAGAGAAAAGGAAAACUUUAGGAUCACUGUCUCCUGUCAAUAUUUUGGAUGUUUUUCCUGUGUAGUACACGUGGAUGUGGACAUGGGUGACUUGUUCCAUUCAGCUUUUUUACCUGCACAUUUUCACCCCUCCCUGGGUAGGACAAGGGUUUGAUCAGUGUGCAAUUGCUAUUUUUUUUUCAUGUUGCCAGUAAUUCUGAGUGAGGAAUAAAGCAGCACAUCACAUUCAGGUAAACAACAGGGAGCAAACCGAUUUUUUUAGUCUGAAAUCUGUUUGCAUUGUCCCUGUUCCUUGGUUCUGUCAGUCCAAAAUACCUGUGAACUUAUAAUUUCUGCUUUUAACAAGCAAAUUUCCCCCCUCCCCAUUUUUUUUCUUUUUUUUUUUUGCCCCUCCCUAUUUUAACUAAGUUGAAGUAGGUUUGAGGUUUCAGCAAGGAAUCUGUAAAAUAAACUUUUAUGCUUUAUGAUGUGUGAGGAUAGCAGCAUGUAAAAUGAAAGGUCAAAUGACAGGCACAGUGACUGGAGGGGCAAUCUGGGGGCUGACCAGGCUUCAAGCCUUACUCCUUCCUUGUUUUGUGACACUCAUCCUUGAUUUUAUAUUUAAUUAUUGAAUAUAUAAAUGUCUCAUAAAAGCACUGUUGAGAAAACGCCUGCAAUGUCUGAUCACUGUAAUAACUCAUUUCAAAUGUGUGCUUUCAUUGGUGUCCCCUCCCAGGCUUUCCCAGAGCCACACCUCUCCAGAUCCUGAUCAAAUUUAUUCCACUGAUGUCUUUUUGCCAGUAAACCUUUGUGUUGUGUCACUGCUUGGAAUCCACUGGGACCUUUCCUUUUCCUUCAUCCACCAAAACUCCUGGAUUAUUGGGACCCCUUGUGUGGUGUUUCCAUGUCACUAUUCCUAAUUCAAACCUGAAGGAUGAACUGAGAGGAUCUCUGUAUCAUCUAUUCUGUGUCAUCAUGAACUAAAAGAUGUGUGAAAUCAUCUUGUGUUUCAGGACAAGGCACUCUUAACUCAGCUCCUCCUUCCAGGUGGUCAAAAUACACCUUAAAAAUUCCCCCACGCUGCUCAGGACUGUGGUUUCAUGGUUUUGGGGGGGUUGUGUGUGGUACAGGAGCUUAACUGCAAGAAAAAUCAAAGUUUAUUGUCCAAGUGCCCCACAGAGAGAGUUUUGCAAUUGGUUUUGCUUUUUUAUGAUGUCCAGAGAAGCCUUGAAGAGUGCUGGUACCAGGAAUUUGCUUUGGGCUUCCUUAAUUACCUAAGCAAGAGCUGCUGGCAUUUGAUAAUUAAAAAUGAGCUCUGAAUUUUAAGUCAAUGCUUUUUCCUCAACAUUUUAACUUCCAUCUCUUCGAUGGAGAGAUUGCAAAGAGAAUUUUAUUCCAAAUCCCCUUCUCUUUGUGUUCAGUCCUUAGCUAAUGUGUUCUUGAUUUUUAAAAAAAUUUUUUUAUUGAUCUCCCAUCUGUCAUCACCAAGAAUUUGAUGCAGAAAUUAAUAUUUGAUAGGGAGACAGGGGACUUGUGUAUUCCACUAAAAUGUGUUUAUGUUGAAAAUGACAAAAAAAAAAAGGAGAAUGUUGGAGCAUCUGUGUCUCAGAGGAAAAAGUGAAUUUUGGGUGACUUGUUACAUCACCACACGGGUCCUUCUUGUAGGAAUAUUUUGGUGUUUGGAAACGAUGGAUUUUUGAUAAAUAGUUCUUCAGGCUGACUGAACACGUGGUGAGGGUGAAAUUUUAAAGCAAAGUUGCUUUUUUAAACGAUGGCUGAUGCAUUUACCAGGGAAAAGGAAACCAAAACACCCCUCUUCUCAGUUCAAGAUGACACAAUGUGAAAAGAAUGGAACUUUUAUUUAAAAACAGCUGUUCUGUUCUAAAUAAAAGUGGCCUGAAAUCA